AUGUACAUCGCUGACAAUGGAAAUAAACGUAUUCUUAAAUGGUCGAUAGGGCAAAAUCAAGGACGUAUCGCCAAUGGGGCGAACGGAAGUAGGGUACCUCUCAAUCAGAUUUCACAAUGUUUCGGAAUCUAUGUCGAUGCACAAUCAAACUUAUAUGUCUCAGACUAUGGAAAUCAUCGCGUCGUUAUCUGGGAUGGAAGAAACACAACCAAUGGCCGAUUGGUAGCCGGCGGUAAUGGUUUUGGCACAGCAGAAAACCAACUCCACUCACCAUAUGGCAUCUAUGUUGAUAAAAAGGGUAUAUUGUAUAUUGUUGAGCAAGGAAAUCAUCGAGUGUCACGUUGGCUACCAGAUGCAACAUCCGGUGUGACCAUUGCCGGAGAAUCUGGACUAGCAGGUUCAUGGUCAUAUGAGUUGAACCAUCCGACUGUUGUAAUGUUCGAUCAAUUCGAUAACAUGUUCAUUUUGGACACGGGUAACAAACGAAUUCAGAAAUGGGCACCUGAAUCAACAUAUGGCAUCACUGUGGCACUCCUAACCGGUUUCACCGAUCCAAGAGGAAUGAGCUUUGACACUUAUGGGAGUCUGGUUGUAGCAGAUCGCAAGAUCAAUGGAACCGGUGUAAACCUGUUGCUGAAUCAAAUUGUUUCCUUUUCGAUGCUUUGCCCUGCAUUGACAACUACAACUACACCACCGCCGAUAGUUCAAGCAUUGAAUGAAACUUGUUCACACGCUAUAUGGGACGGUAACUAUUCUACAAUAGCUGGUAUAAGCGGCUCCUCCAGUACUUCGACGUUGCAUCUUAAUAGUCCGCACAAUAUUUUCGUCGACAACUACGAUAAUGUUUACGUAGCUGACGGAAACAAUCAUAGAAUAAUUCGCUUUUCACCUGGUAAGAUUCUUGUAUUCGAAAACAAACGUUUCUAUUACUAUGUUGAAGGAUCGAAGAGUGGAACAAAUAUUGCCGGCAUUCGACUUAGAGCUGGCAAAGGGAAAAGCGAACUCAAUACUCCAACUACUGUAUUUGUCACUGGAGACCAAACUUUGUUCAUUCUCGAUGCUGGUAACUUCAGAGUACAAAAGUGGAAAUAUGGAGAACCACUGGGAUUUCCAGUAGCUGGCAGAUACCGUGUGGGUAAUACUUCUCAAAAUAUAUCGUUUAGCUAUGGUUUGCAUGUUGAUGAUGAACACAAUGUAUAUGUAUCUGAUCACAGCAACCAUCGUGUGAUGCUUUGGAUGAAAAAUGAUACAUCAGUUGGUAUAGUGGUGGCUGGAGGCAAUGGUAUGGGUAAAAGAUCCAAUCAACUUAGUUAUCCGUGGGGUAUUCAAGUAACAAAGAACGGUACGAUAUACAUUGCUGACUCAAACAAUCAUCGAAUUCAAAUGUGGACUAGAAAUGCUUCUUCUGGUUUGACCGUGGCUGGAGCAUUGAGCGAUGGGCCUGGUCCUUGGCAGUAUCAAUUAAAUAAGCCCACAACUAUCCUGCUCGAUCGGCAUGAGAACAUGUUUAUUUUGGACACGGGAAAUAACAGAAUUUUGAAAUGGACACACGGUUGGACGUAUGGGGUACCUGUGGGAUCUAUAGCAUCAAUGAAGAAUCCUUAUGGGAUGCAAUUCAGUCUUGAAGGAAACAUUGUGGUGGCUGAUACAAAUAAUCAUCGCAUUAUUUCAUUUCCAAUUAGCUGCUGUGAGUUAUUGGCCAAAUGUGCUGGAUAA